AUGCCCGCCUAUACCGUAGACUCCCAUUCUUCAAAACCACCCGUUGCCGGAAAUUCUUCUAAUUUUCCGACUUUUUUCGAUGAUAAGCAGGAAGAAGCGGUGAUCGCUGUCAAUAGCGACGACCUCGUUGAUCCGGCUGCGGAGAGGAGGUAUCUUUAUCAUCGUUUCGCAAAAAAGAAAUAUCACCUAAGCUGCUGUCGCCCCAGGUUACUUCAACGACUGGACUUGCGAAUCAUGCCUAUGAUGGUGUUAUUGAUCAUGCUCAACUUCCUAGCCGGUAACAAUAUUGGAAAUGCCAGAAUUCUCAAUUCCGACACUGGCGACUCCAUUCCGCAGAGCCUGCAUAUGACGGACCCCCAGUUUCGCAUUGUACUCAUGCUUUUCUUUAUCUCGUGUGCGCUGUUCGAGACUCCGUCAACAUACAUGUUGAAAUAUUUCUCCCCGCCGCAUUGGCUUGCGUUUCUCGCCCUUGGAUGGGGAGCGACCGGUAUGGUUAUCGCCGCAUCACACAACUAUGGUACGUUACUUUUUCUACGAGUGUUGCUGGGUGCCUUUGAGGCGGGUCUAUUGCCUGGGGCAAUCUACUUUCUCACAUUCUGGUAUCGUUUUAAAGAACGCGCCGUCCGCGUUGCGCUAAUGUUAUCAGCCUAUGCCCUAGGAGGGAUACUCAGCGGAUUCAUCGCAUAUGGAGUAGGACAUUUGAACGGAGCGCUGGGUCUCGAGGGUUGGCGAUGGUUGUUCAUCAUAGAAGGCGCACCAGCAUGCUUCCUCGCAUUGGCUCUGUUCUUUUUAUUGCCUUCCUACCCAGAGAACGCAUCAUGGUUAUCCCCCAAAGACCGCACCCUCUCCGUUAUUCGCCUGAAAGACGAAACGUCCAGGUCCACGGGAAACGCCAAAUUGACUUGGGACGGCGCCAAAGCCACGUUGAAAGACGGAAGACUCUAUUUGCACUAUCUAGCAUACACCGCUGACGGAAUCACUCUUUCAAGUUUAUCGCUGUUUUUGCCGACCUUGGUAAAUGGGUUGGGCUACGAGGGGCUCGAUGCUCAGCUAUUCACGAUUCCACCCCUUGCCUUGGCGCUCUUCGUUUCAGUGGCAAUUUCGUGCGCUGCAGAUAGAUACCAAAGCAGGUCAAUGCUUGUAUUGGUAUUGCUGGUUUGUGGCGGAGCAACAUUCUUCGUCCAAGCUGUACUACCCCCCACUUGUUUCAAAGUUCGAUAUGCGAUGAUCAACUUAGGAACAAUGUUUUCAUAUACCGUUUCUCCGCUACUCUUGACCUGGCUUUCUGGGAACCUAAGGGAUACGGAUGCGGUGACUUUGGCUAUUCCUAUGAACUUUACUUUUGGCGUGUUAAUAGGCCAAAUCACGGGUAUUUUCAUCUACAAGUCGAGCGAGGCGCCGGGAUAUCCUACCGGACACUAUACGAACGGGACAGUAUUGAUAGUAGGUGCGUUGUGCGUUGGCAUCCUAAGAGUUAUAUAUACGAAGAGGAACAUGGCGCUGGGUAUCGGACAAAGCCAAUGGAUAGUCUGA